AUGUCUGAGCCGAUCACCUCUCAGCCAACAAAGCUAGUAGCACCCCAGCCGGCUCAGACAGCGCCUACCCAGACAGCGCCUACCCAGACAGCCCCUGCCGAUGUGCUGACAUCAUCCCACCCGCUGGCAAGUGCCCUCUUGGGAUCGGAUGCGACCGAAAAUGAAGAAAUCGCCAAAAUCUGGGCGGAAGUGCAAGAUAGAGUGAGGCAACUGUCUGCAAGAGAGGGCAAGCAGAUCAUUCUAUCAAAAGAACAUAGAUCAAUUACCCAGUCUCCUCCAAGUUCCGACUUAUAG